AUGGAAGGCCUAUCCGGUAAUCUAAAAGAGAAGUUUACCGAACUUACGCCGGUCAUACUCGAUUAUCGCCUCUGGAAUGAUCUGGACGAGCUCCUGUAUGUUAUUGAACCGAUCUCGAUGUUCCUUAGGGAGACAGAGGUCUCGCGGAAGCAGGAUAUUGGCUCGGUGAUAUCGAAAUGGGAUACGGUUAAGGCCCAUCUUGAUUUACAGUUCUCAAACAUCAACGCCCUACCGAUGGCUGCAUCGGUUGAGAACAAGUGGCUUACCCGGAAAGAGAAACAGAUUACCGCUGAUCUCCACCGUGUCGCUUUCCAUCUGAACCCUCUAAACCGGAAAGUACACGUUACUUCAAAAGAUCGCAAGCUCAUUGAGGACUUCAUCAUGAAGUAUUCGGGGAACUCUACUAUAGCGAACCAGGCAAUCAGGAUCUUCACGCAAUAUAAAGAUUCCAUGAGCUCGUUCCAUCGGAAUAAGCGCCUUAUCGCGGAGGAGAAUGACACCCUAGAAUACUGGAGCACCGCGAGCGCAUUUCAUCAUGCAGCACCUCUAACAGCGAUCGUUAAUCGUGUUUUUACAGCACCGGCGAACUCAGUCCCAUCGGAGAGGGCUUUCUGUCACAGAAUAUCUGUGUUUUAUUGA